AAGUUUGUCGGCGAUAGUGUGCUGGUCUCCUGAUAAGGGUGGUUGAGAUAAAGUCCUAUCUGUACUAUGUCGCGAGUUGUCGUCUAAGGGCACUAGCUCGACUGAGAUUAAUUCAUACAACCAUGGCUCCGGUCAUUAACUUCAAGAGAAUUAUUCUAACCGGCUUAUGUGUGUAUAUUCUUCUGACGGUGUAUUUUCUUCUGUCAAUCAUUCCAAUGCAUCAGAAUGAAGAAACCGGACAAUCGUGGCACCAUCGUGGCAAUGAAAUGAACUUUGUACAGCAACCAGUCGACGUGGUGGUCAUUGAAGAUAACGAUGUUAAUUCCAAGCUGCAACGCUCGCAACUACCUGUCAAAACAACACAGACUGUGAAAACUAAAAUUCCGGGAACGCCAAAGCCAACACGACUACGAACCGUCAAGCGAAGGACGAGGGACAUGUUUCAAGAGUUUUUGAAGCCAAGUAAGGUGCAUUUAAAUUUCACUGAAAUUGCUCCUAAAAUUUUUGCUUUUUCAGCGUUCUUAGAUGACAGAUAUGACACCUCAUAUGUCCGGGUCGUCGUGAUAGCCCCGAGCGGUCGGAAGAAGCGCAUGACAGGCUUCUAUUGUGUCUUCAACAACAAUGACAUGAUCGAAAUGGUAUAUUAUGAAACAUGUGAAAACCAUCUUCAAGUCAACGCAUACUAUAUGUUAUCGUGCGCAGUGCCUGAGUCAAUAGCAAGGAAAUUCCACGACAUCAACAUUCUAACAAUCUCCCCGUCCAAAACAGCAAGCCCCGGCCGCUAUAAGAUCAUAAAUGUUGUUAAUAACCGAGGAAGAUUUGAAAGUGACAGACGGAGACAAAUGGGACGUUUUGCCGUAUGUAUUCCUCCGCUGUUUGGUAGUGUUAACCCUUUACGCCUCGUAGAAUUCAUUGAACUGUCACGCCUACUGGGGAGUAAUCAUUUCACGUUUUACACACAUUUUGUAUCGGAGGAUGUGAUGCAGGUAUUAAAGCAUUACGAGAGACAGGGUGUUGUUACCGUCAUGCCGUGGUACCUCCCUGUCAAGAAUAUAUGGUACAAGGGACAAUCCGCCGCUGUGGGGGACUGUCUCCUCAGGAAUAUGCAUAUUAAUCAUCUUGUGGCCUUUAACGAUAUCGACGAAUAUAUCAUGCCUCAUUAUAACAACUCGUGGAGUUCCUUUCUGGAGUAUGUGCAUCAUCAACAAUCAUCUAAAGGCGUUAAAACGGGGAAUAUUGCAGUUUAUAGGUUUAAAAGUGCAUUCUUUGAAGUUCCAACAUACGCGAACGCCAGGAAUCUAUCAAAGGAACAACAGGGAUUUCAGCUGACAAUGGACAAGUUUGUUUCACUGAGGCAGACAAAGAGGACUACAAAAUUGAGCAAGAUACGUACGAAGAUGAUGGCGUACCCCACACGGGUAUUUGAGUUGGGUAUCCACCAUCUUAGUAAGCAGAUCAGAGAGGAAUAUUUCUGCCUCGAUGUGGAACCGGAAGUAGCCUUUUUACACCACUACCGGAAUUGUGACCGCAUGUGGGAUAUGAGCUGCGAUGAAUAUGUACAAGACAAAACGGCUUUGCGUUUCAAAUAUUCUUUAGUCAACAACACUAUAAGUGCUUUAAAACUAUUAAAACAUACACUGGCGUCUAUAUGAUCAUUAAUUAUGUGCCACAUGACAGAGUGCUUCCGGAACUAUAUGUGCAAUGAUCCAGGCGUACUGAGGGCGCCUGGAAAGAUUGUUUAGCCAUCUAUUAGUGGUAUACAUGUUAUGUAAUUCUACCUCCACCCGUGAGGAUUAUCCCCCUUUCCUUGUAUCAACCAUGGCGUUUCAAUAAACACGUGUUCCGUUCCAAUACUCUGUGGUUGGUUCAACUCCUGGGUCCUUACUGGCUUAGCGGCAGUGUUGGGAAACUCCUGGGUCCUUACUGGCUUAGCGGCAGUGUUGGGAAACUCCUGGGUCCUUACUGGCUUGGCGGCAGUGGUGGGAAACUCCUUUGUCCUUGCUGGCGCAAGGAGAAUCCCGACUGCAGAAGGAAUGGGAUUGGCGUAUAUAGUGACUGUCAUGUUUACUUGACGUUUUUUUGGUGUUUACUUGGUAUUUACGUCCACACAAUGUAUUUAGUCAGUUGCAUGUUGCCAUGUCAACUCUGGGAAAUUAUCAAGCGUUGAUUUAUGUUAAGAAGGGAUUAGGUUCAGUCCAAUUAGCAUGCCAGCAACUUAAUAGCAAUGUUGAUUCAAGUCAUUAAACACCACUUUGUUAUCAUGAAGUCUUUGAUAGGCAUUUAGAAGUUGCCAUUCACCUGUAUUAUGUAUUUCAUCCAUAUACUGAUUGUUAUCAUUGCCCUAAUUACAAGGUUUAGACAGGAUCUCUGUACAGGUACAACGUGCUUUGAGAAUCCUGCAAUCGACCGAAAUCUGCAUGGCAUUUACGAACCGGAUGUCAAUUUCGUUACGCGAUUCUGAUUGGACUGUGCACAGACUCGUUAGUCCAGCCAAUAUACAACUCCAUAAUAACAGCCUAGUUCGGCAAGGGUGGAAAAUGGACUUUUACAGUCAGUUAACUCCCUUGACUCGGGAAGAUGAGGUACAAAGUCAAGACAAUGUCUAUGUGCAGUUACGUCUAGAUAGUGCCAACAUAAUUCUCUAUAGAGACAGCGUAUUAUAUUUUCUUGUAGAUUGACCUUUGAAUGAUCCUUAAUUUGGUUAUUUGACUUUAUACUAAAACUUUUUGGUUUGGUUUCUUUGUUUGUUGUUUUACGC